UCUAUUUUUCUGUUGCACUUGCAGGGUUAUUGUACUGGAGGUGUGUUUUGUCCAUCUCUACCCAAUGUGCACAAUGAAUUCUUGGAGCAGAACAUGGUUCCUGAUGCUGAAGAUUAUUUACUUCACUUUACACAUUUCGGAGGCACAACGACUCCAAGUCCAGCCUGAAGUGACCGGAUACCUGGGACUGGACGUCACUCUGCUAUGCCAGUUCAUCCAGGGACCCGAAGAGGCUGAUAUUUCUCAAGUUCAAUGGAAUCUUUUGCCACCAGAAGGAAAGAAAAUCACCAUUGCUGUUUUUAAAAGCCAAACCGAGGUGCUUCUUUUUGAAUCUCCUUUGAAGGAGAGAGUGGAGAUAUCAGAACAAUCUUUGAUCAUUAGAAAUGUGGAAAUGAGCGAUGCAGGAUUGUACACCUGCACUGUUACAACCUUUCCCAUUGGUUUAUUUGAAAAAUCAACCAACCUUAUUGUUCAAGGUUUGACACAACAUUCCUCAAUGCUCAUGGUACCGAGGAUGAUUGCUGCGGGAAUAUUUGUGCUGAUAGUAGUGACGAUGAUGGCCACAACUCACAUCAUCAUCAUCAGAAUAAGACGUGAGGCCUCAGUCAAAUACCAUGGUGGCACCACUGGUGAAUAAAAACUCCUCUUCUGAUUCUAAACGACACAUCUCCUCUUGUCUUUUGGACACCGGGGUUUCAGAGAUGAAUGUGGCCAUGUGUGAUUGAAAGACGAGAUGAGGUUAGAGCCGACUGGGGCUCUAAUAAUUAGUUCAGUUUUGUUUAUCCAAGGGCACAAAAAUCACUGAAACUGCUGUGUGUAGUAUUUAUGAUCUUGCUGGUAUUAUUUUAUAAAAUUGUCAUCAUGUCAUCAAGUGCUCCUUAAAGGAUGAAGCUGGAGUUAUUAUGUUUUUUACUGUCAACAAAUUGUAUGAAAAGACCAAAACCAACAAUGAAUUAGACUUCUCUGCUUUUUCUGUGGCACUGAACUUCAGGCCUAGUCUUUCUUUCCUUUUAAUGUAUAAAAAUGAGUGUUUCUGCAGUUUUUUGCAAAAACUACUCAAACAGGAGCUUUUGUCAGUGUUUCCAGCUGUGGAUUAAUUCCCAUUUGGUGCUUGAGUGAAUAUUUAAAGCAGUGUUUCUGUGUACUGUAUGUGGGAUAGACUCAAAAUAAACUACAGUUUUCAUAAUGAAACAUUUCACAAAGUACAACAGCAUGGCUCAGUGAUGUGUUUUAAUGGCCUCUGGACAGUAAUGAUCAUUGUUGGUUAUGUCAGUCCAUGGGAUUUGUUGACAGUAAGAAAAACAAAGAAUGUCACCAACCUUAUCUCUUAAAUAAAACCCCAAAUGUGAGGCUGAUAUAGGUCCACAAUUCAUGCUCUCAUAAAUCUCACUGCAUCUGAAUUUUACCAGACACUCAUGAUAGUUUUUUGUAGGCGGUGCUACUACAUGAAAGUCACUCAUCUGUUCACAAUUUUAUGAAAACUAUGGAUGUAAGAGACAUAAAACAUACCACCUUUCUCUUUCCAGCUGUGAUAAAUCACAUAUUUUUUGACUGUAUGCUAAAUUCAGGAAAUUUGCUUUUUACAGCCCUUUUUUGAUAGAUGUGUAAGGGGAAAAUUUGGUCUCAGUUUUAUGUAAAUGACUUGUAAUUUUGACUGUGGCCUCUCACCAAAAUCCCCCCACAGACAAAUGUUGUUCCUGAGGGUUUGAUGUAACAGUAAUGUCCCUCAGCUUAUUGGAACUGGCCAACAAAUACAGAGCAGCAGAGGGUUUUUUCCCCACUGCUGUGGGAAAUGGAUGACAAAAUGGAAGUUAAUACUGUUUAGUUCCAGUUCCUCCAGACGAGAUCAAAAAGGGAAAAAGAUAAAUCACACUGUAAACAUGACAAAGACAAAAGAGAACUAAACUAAACUAAAAGAGAACUAAACUGAUGAAAAACAAUGACUACUUCAGUGUCUGUAGGAAAAUUAUAUUCUCUUUUCUCCGUGUUAUGAUUUUUCUUAGGAUAUUAUAAAGUUCAGAGGUGGAAUGUAACUAAGUACAUUUACUCAAGUACUGUACUUACGUACAACUUUGAGGUAUCUGUACUUGAGUAUUUUCGUUUUCUGGAUCCAAGGACCAGAAGAGGCUGAUACUUUGACUUUACAUUUUGGAGGAAACAAAUGUUCUUUGUACUCACUACAUUUAUUUGAUAAAUUUAGCUACUAGUUACUUUUUAGA